AUGGCAACCUUAGCCAGUCUAAUCGUCCACAACUGGGGUAAGAGUGAUGAGCCGCGCGCAGUAGCCUUUCAAUACUGGGUAAGGUGGAGGGAUAAAAAUUUGGUGACCAAUGGUCGAAGAACCUCACACUUGCUGUUUCCGUUGGACGUACCAUUGUCACCACUGCUGAGUGCCUGCAAGGCGAGGUACCUGAGUUGUAACGGUAUUUUCUCAUUUUCCCUCGGCACCACCUCAAAUGUCGGUCGUCACCGCUUAAAGCUCCCGCAGCUUGACACCUGCGGCUGUGACAAAGGCAGGGGAAGCGAGACGACGUUCGACGUCGAGUCGCGCGAUCCUCGUCCAAGUCGGUGGCAGCAGCAGGUACCAUGGUGGGUAAAAACAAAGACCGUUAGUCGUUGUGGUCGUACGCGACAGUGUUUGCACAUCAAGUGUCGAACAAACAAUGCGAGGCUGCUUCGAGUCGCGACUGCAAUUGUCCCUGUCUGUUCAGCCAUCUGCGGCCGGGAUGAGGAUCAACAAUCGCACUGUGUCAGACGGACGUACGGAGGGACGGACAUACGGAGGCAUAAUCGUUGUCACCUAAGGAACCAAGGUGCUUUGGCGGCGAACACCGGUCGACAGUCAGCUCGUGGAGGAAUCGCCAUUUGCUAG